CUAGAUGAGCUAACGGGGUCAAUCAAUCGUCAUUUUGUAGAGCGUUUUUUACUGCAUCUUUUCUUCAUAGAGACAAAUUUACAACCACUUGUUUCACUAUAGAAAAAUUUAUUAUUCAAAUCGAGUCAGGACUUCUGGCCCAUCCUUUAUACUUUUUUACAUUUGUCAUCUCUUUCUUUUUGUAAGGUUUAUCUGUUUGUGAUAUUUAGGAAACUGAGUGUACAGAAGUAGAUGGUUGGUGUAUUAAAGAUUAUCAAGAUCGUGCGAGAGAAAUGAUGUCUAAUGCACAUGAGCAACUAUAUCGAGAAUACACGCAAGAGAAAGAACCAGAAGAUAAUAACAGUAUUAUUGCAUCUCGUCCAAAUUUACUUGAGAAUGAUACAGAAGAAGAUGAUGAUGAUGAUGAUGAAGAAGGAGAAGAAGAGGAGGAGGAAGAAGAAAGUGAGGAAGAAUCUGAACCGUAA